GUCGUAAAAUUAACGCGUCAGAAUGGAAGAGCUACAUAUAAAUGGCAACGCAUAAUGUCCAUGGUGACAUAUGUGAUUUGGCGAUGAGUCGGCUCACAACGUUCUUUUGCUUAGGUCUGAUCCUAGUGGUCAGCAGCAGCAUCAUCUCUGCAAAAAAGCACAACUAUUAUGAUGUUGGGCGGACAAUUUCUAUAGAGAUUCCAAACCGUAGUACAUCUAAAGGACGUCGCCAAAGUGGAUCUGGAUACUUUUCCCCGCCGGCCUAUCACUAUUCACCCUAUCCGAACUAUCCAUAUGGUGGCUGUUAUUGUCCGGCGGGCCUGCCGGGCCCACCGGGCCCACCUGGACCUCCAAGCUCUGAUGGGAUUCCCGGUAGAGAUGGUAUUCCCGGUCAGCCAGGCCUUCAGGGCCCAAUGGGACCCAAGGGUGAGCCCGGCCUUACAGGUCAACCAGGAGUUAAGGGGGAUAAGGGCAUGAAUGGUGAAAUGGGACCACCAGGAACAGGUUUUACACGGCGGCGCAGAGAUGAUAAUGAACAAAUUCGCACUUCAACAGAGAAUAAAGAUUUUAAGUCGCCAGAGAUCACGGAUCCCAUAUUAAAAGGCGAUCAUGGAUUAAGAAAUAAAAGCGACCAGCCCAAUGGCUCAUCUUCUGGCCAAGACAAAGAUACAGUACCGCUAGUCGAAACAGACCUAUUAUCAGCAUCAAGGGAAAGCAGAGCAACAUGCGUCAAGUUGUGUGAUGAAAAAUUUUUAACUGUGUAA